AAAUAGUAAAGAGUAAAAUAGUCCAAAAACCACUGAGUUAUCUGCAAUAUUAUAUGUCAAUAAUUUUUUUCAUCUUAUUGAUUCUUAUGACCGGUAUUUUUAUUUCAUAAUUCUCUGACUCGAUUUUUCAAAUUGCCAGAAACAGCAAAGAAAACAAUAAAACUUCCCUGGUUGCUAAUGCAAUAGGGCAAAUGAAAUUAUUUCGUGCUCAACGAAAUCUCUAUAUUUUGUUCUUCUCAAUGUUUCUUCUUUGGUUCAUUCUUUCUCAAUACACUACCAUGUCAAUCAAUCAUGAAGCUCUCAUAAAUCAAGCUAAGAAUGCAUCAGAAUUCGCUGCUAAUCUGUUGUGUGACGAGGCAGAUAAAGAAAAUAGAUCGGGCAAUGAGUUGGAGAUU